GGCUCGUUCAUGCCCACAGCUACCAGGAGAUGCGGGGGAGGAUGACAACACCCAUACUCCCGCUUCUCUUCCCCUUCCUGCUCUUCCUCUCCCCUGUGCUUUAUGUGAGGUAAAUAUUAUGAGGCCCGUUUUACAACAGGAAACUGGAGCUCGGAAGUAAAGUGACUUGCCUUAGGCACACACCUAAUAAGAGGCAGAAAUGGGUUUGGUGCCCUUGUCACUAAGUAGCACAUGUUUACUGUGUUUUUAUGGGGGACAGAAUGGUUGCUGCUCUUGGACCUAUGAACUACAGGGUUACUUCAGAUCCCAUUUUUCUCAUUGUUGCCUUUUAUCUCUCAGAGAUUGCUGAAGUGAGGAUGAGGUGAGACAAUGGGUUUGAGAGUUACACACAUACAUACAUUUUUUUAUAAGAGGUACUUUAAUCCCUCUAACCUGCUCUGCUUUUCUACUCACAGAAACCUCACCAUUAAAACUUCACGUCCAUAGGGAUGCCUUGUUUUGCUGUUACAGUGCAAAUGCUGUUCUGCUGAUGGUGGCCCUUGCCAGCAACCCCUGUCUUUGCUUUUGAUGACUUACUCACAUUUCCCUGUAGGGAAGUUUUUUACUUCAGGGAAUUUCCAUUCCCUGCUCUUACACCGUGUCACAAGUCUUUCUUAUGGCUUCCCAGGGUCAAACCUCUGCUUAUAUCCCAGGUGUCCUGUAGCCCAACUUGGAGUUCUAGCUCUUUUGUUUCCUCCAGGACAGGCAAUGCCUGUGGUUAUGUUGCUCUGCUUUCUGUCACAGACACUUGGGUGGUUAAGCGUUUUUUAUCAGACCGUACCUGUUACAUAACCUCACUGCCCAGUAGUCACACACAUUCACAAAUGUGUCCACUUUAACUCAUUCUCUCUUCUCUUUAUUUUAUUCACAUUAAUUCUCUCAUUUACUUAAUUGUAGUAUCUUAAAGUUAGAAGAAUUAUCAGCCCAACUUCUUUCCCAAUAUAGAAAUCUUCUGUAUUCCAUUGGUAGCUACUAAUAGCUUAAUGGUUGAGAGCCUGGCUUUGGAGUCAGGCAAGACCUAUCAUUUAUUGGCUGUGAACUUGAAUACCUGACUCUUCUCUGUUUCAUUGUCUGCAAAAUAUAAUUAAUAAUAGUAGGAACUCAACAUUAGUCAUCUUCUAUUAAGGGUCUACUUACACAACUCCUCAAAUUAGGAACUUAAUCCUGUAGCAACUGUUUUUGAAUGAGACGAUCUGUACUUCUCUAUAAUUACCCAUUGGUCUUGUCCUACCUUCUGUACAUUGUUUAGGUAAAGUCCCUUUUCUGGAGAACUGCUCUUUGAUGUAUCUGAAAACGGUAUUCACACCCUCUGAGUCUUCUACUUUUUGGGUUCAACAGCUUCAGUUCUUUUAGCAGCUGCUUAGACCACAGUCUUGAUUUGGUUUCUGGUCCCUUGAAAACUGUGAUUACUGUCCUUGGGACCUGGUGUGGGAUGUCACUGUCUUUUUUCAAAAUAUGGUACUCAGAAUUGAACUUAGGACCCUAGGGGUAGACUAACCAGCUCAGCAGUGAGGUGGCUAUCCCACCUUGUAUCCUUUUUUUUUUUUUUUUUUUUUUUUGCGGUAUGCGGGCCUCUCACUGUUGUGGCCUUUCGUUGCGGAGAACAGGCUCCGGACGCGCAGGCUCAGUGGCCAUGGCUCACGGGCCCAGCCGCUUCGCGGCAUGUGGGAUCUUCCCGGACCGGGGCGCAAACCCGUGUCCCCUGCAUCAGCAGGCAGACUCUCAACCACUGCGCCACCAGGGAAGCUCCACCACCUUGUAUCCUUUUAAUACAGCCUAAGUGGGAACCCCUGAAGCCACUGAUGGAAGCCACAUUACAUGGGCAUCGGACCAUGAACCCCUGUCCUGUGUGGGAGCAGAAGAGUGGCCGUGUGUACCUAUUCUUCAUCUGUGUGCGGGGCCAUGUCACUGAGCGUCGACAGAUUGUGUCAGGCAGGAAUGCUGCCCGCCUCUGCUUCAUCUGCAGUCAGGAUGCUGGCUAUUCAUGGAGCGAGGUGAGGGACCUGACCGAGGAGGUCAUUGGCCCAGAGGUGGAGCACUGGGCCACGUUUGCUGUGGGCCCAGGUCAUGGCAUCCAGCUGCAGUCAGGGAGGCUGAUCAUCCCUGCAUACGCCUACUACAUCCCUUACCGGUUCUUUUGCUUUCGGCUACCAUAUAAAGCCAGGCCUCAUUCCCUGAUGAUCUAUAGUGAUGACCUAGGAGCCACAUGGCACCAUGGCAGGCUUAUUAAGCCCAUGGUGACAGUGGAGUGCGAAGUGGCAGAGGUAACUGGGAAGGCUGGCCACGCUGUGCUGUAUUGCAGUGCCCGGACACCAAACCGGUGCCGAGCGGAGGCUCUCAGCACUGACCAUGGUGAAUGCUUUCAGAAACCAGCUCUGAGCCAACAGCUCUGUGAGCCCCCUCAUGGCUGCCAAGGCAGUGUGGUGAGUUUCCGGUCCCUGGAGAUCGCAAAUGGGUGCAAGCACCCUGCUGGCAAAGAUGCUCCUACCAUUCAGCAGAGCCAUCUGCUGGACAGCUCACUGAGGCUAGAGCCAGAAGCUAGAACCCUGUCAGAAUCAUGGCUCUUGUACUCACACCCAACCAGUAAGAACCGGAGGGUCGACCUAGGCAUCUACCUCAACCAGAGCCCGUUGGAGGCUGCCUGCUGGUCCCGUCCCUGGAUCUUGCACUGCGGGCCCUGUGGCUACUCUGAUUUGGCUGCUCUGGAGGAGGAGGGCUUGUUUGGGUGUUUGUUUGAAUGUGGGACCAAGCGGGAGUGUGAGCAGAUUGCCUUCCGCCUGUUUACAGACCGAGAGGUCCUGAGCCACGUGCAAGGGGACAGCACCAGCCCUGGUAGGAACUCUGAGCCAACUCAAAACUGAUUGGCUUAGGACCCAACUUCCCAUCGAAGGGCUACCAUAGGAGGCAACCACAGCCUGGACAGUGGAGGCCAGGAUAACAGAGGUUACUGAAGUCUGCAGAGAAUCCAAAAACGUAAUAUUCUGCUCCCUACCUUUCUUCACUUCUCCAAAGAGCAAAAUGAAAAUGUUGCCAUAGCUACUGCAGUCGAGAGGGCACUGACGUGUGAGUUGAGAGACCAUGAUGCAGUCCUGGCUUUUCCACUGGCUUGCUUUGGGACCUUGGGCAUGUCACCUGUACUCUGUGGGCCUCAGGUCUCCAUCUGUAAAAUGAGAGGAUUGGGUCUGUGGUUUCUCUUCUUCCCAUCCCUAAGAAAGGCAGAGCGCCUGCAUGCUCCCUGAUCAGCACAUCCUGGCUGCAUAUAGGACUCUUAUCUCAAAAUGGAAGUCAGAGGACUCAGCUUUUCAAAUGACUCGCCACUCAUCCAAGUAUGAGGUUGCAAGCAGGUGUCAUGGCACAAAGGAAGAUGUGGGUGGAUUGUUGUUUUUAACAACAAAACACACACAUCCUUCUAAUCAUGCUCAGAGCUCUACAGGCUCACUGUUCUAGAGGAAUUGGGCAAAAUAGUAGAAUCAUGAGGUCACUUACCUUCUCCAGCUUUGCAGCUCUACUCAACCUUCCCUUAUCCAGAAAGCAUUAUCUCCUAGGGAGAAAAUGAGAAGCUCAAUGUCAGUGGUCCUUGAUGAUGGUACUUAUUGUUUCUGAUGGCAUGACUCCUAUGAAGGAUCAACUUGAAGUUCAUUUAUUAGGAUAGUUCUUGAUGGGAAAUGGACAUGGGUUAGGACUUUAAAGCAUUGAACAAAACUUCCCACAGUCUCUGCCCUCAAGGAGUUCACAGUUUAUGGGGCUAGAAGAGGGAGAAAAGUCAAGAAAAUAAAUGCAGCUGGUAGGGUAGGUUGUAGAUGUUGGGCUGUAACUUGGGGUGAUGGUAGCUCCUGAUGUCAUUAUCUUAGCUGUAUCCUCAUUGUGCCUGGAGUCAUCUGCCCCAGAGCUUGCCCAGACUGCUGGCUUUCUCAGUUUGUUUUUCUCAGAAUGUUGUCCUGGCCCAGCCACUCCUUUACCCAUGGAGAAGGUCUUCACCAUUAGGAAGGUCUCUGGACUCCCAAAGCUCUGAAUCAGGCAUAUUUGUUCGGACCUACUGGAAUCACUGUUGGGGAAGUAGGGAUGCAUCUUUGUCUAAUAGAUUUGGGGCUGAACUUUGCCCGUGCUGGUUCUCUCAGACGAAAACAGAUGGUCGCUCUUACUUUUGACUGUUUCCCCCAUGAGCCUGUUACUGCGACAAAUAUUCUAUCAUGAGAGGUAUCUUUUUUUGUCCCUAUUUUGGGCGGAUAAUGCCUUAAACAGGCAUCAGGUAAAUAUAUUUCGUGCUGAGUAAUGACCCUGGAGAGCAAGUCUUAGUCAUGGAACA